UGCAAACAUACUUUCGGGGUACAGUAUCGCUCUUUUCAAACGUCUUAACACCACGAAUAUUUAUGCUCCAACUUGGGGAGCUUUGGGAAAUCGACAGGUCUCGGCAGGAUGAUGGAAUACAUGACUGAGAAAUUCUCCAUGAAGAGCCAAGGGAUGAAGGGCAGUGAUUACUACAUGGGAUCGAGCGGAACGCUAGACCAGGUCAUGGAGAACUUGGAUAGCGUGCAGUACUACAGCAAUAAGAACUCACCGAAGUGCGUGCAGGCCUUCGGUAUUCAAAGCAGUGACCCUCACGUUAGACUGGAUCGAACAUCUCCAUGUGAGGACCAAAAUGCAAACUAUGGUAUCCCAAAACCCGAGGAUGAUAGCUUGCACACGGAUCUCGGAAGGCCUAUGGAGAAUUGUUGCAAUUUGAGAGCUUCGCCAGUAACGACAGUGCAAGAGAAGACGGACUUGGACGACAUUGGUGAGAAGUGUGACAGCAACGUGAGCAGCAGUAAGAAGCGGCGACACAGAACUACCUUCACAAGCACACAACUAGAGGAGUUGGAAAAGGUUUUCCAGAAAACCCACUAUCCGGAUGUGUACGUCAGAGAACAGCUGGCGAUGAGAACAGAACUAACGGAGGCCAGAGUUCAGGUAUGGUUUCAAAACAGAAGAGCCAAGUGGAGAAAACGAGAACGUUAUGGGCAGAUCCAGCAAGCGAAAAGCCACUUUGCGGCCACAUAUGAUAUAUCAGUGCUCCCCCGCACCGACAGCUAUUCACAGAUUCCUAACAACCUGUGGGCGGGCCCGACCCCCGGCGGCCCGGUGGUUUCUUCCUGCAUGAUCCCGCGAGCGUCCCCCCCCUGCAUGACCUCGUAUCCACACUCCCCACGAGGAGAGCACAGCUACGUGGGCUUCCCCAACCAGCAGAAUCAGUUUGGCCACGUCUCCCUCAACAACUUCUUCACCGACUCCCUCCUCACCCCGCCGCCCAACGGGCACGCCUUCGAGACCAAGCCUGAGUUCGAGAGGCGCUCGUCCAGCAUCGCCGUCCUGAGGAUGAAGGCCAAAGAGCACGCGGCCAACAUCUCCUGGGCUAUGUGAACAUUGGAGGUGCGGCAGAAAAACCCCCCACUAUAUUAAUUAUUGAUUAAUUAUUGUAUUAAUAAUAACAACAACACCAACAACAACAUGGUACAGAGAGUAUCUUGUAAUAAUAAUAAUAAUAAUAAUAAUAAUAAUAAUGAUAAUAAUAAUAAUGUGCAGAGAAAAUGUUACUUUUUAAAGUAAAUCAGCUCUGUAUGAGGACUUACCACAGUUGGGAAAGCAGAUUCCACAUGCAGAUCACUGUAGAGCAGCUGGCAAAACAAGCGUUGGCUCUGUUCAGUCAAACCUAGAUGCACUUUGAACUCAACUCUGAGUAAUGAAUAAGUGAUGCCUGUUUUUUGUCGAUUUUGGCACCUGCCAAAAUUACUGGGAAAAAGCUAUACAUUUCAGAAAAUGAAAAUGUUUUCAGAAAUGAAAACAAAACACUUAGAUUUCUUGCUCAGAAUGAAGGAGAAAACGUAUUGUGGUUUCAGUGAAUCUUGGCUCUACGGUAUAAAACUCACUGUGGUCAGAUGAAAUGGAGGCCUUAAGAUUCCGUUGCACAAACAAUGGCAUUGAUAAUGUUUUUAGCAAAUCCAGUGUUUACGAGGGAAUGAACUUCAGCAAAACAUUACUAUGCAAUUUUCUAAACAACAUAUAAUUAAAAAAACAGUCAACACUCAGUGUCUUAGCCUUUCCUGGCAUGUGGAGUCACAUAGAUUUUGGCAGAUACAUUUGCAGAUACAUUGUUUUUAUACGAGUUGCAUUCUCACUCAGGAAUUCAUCUCUGAGAUAAAUUGAAUUGACAUACUAACAUAUGUCUGUGUGCUUUGCAGCAAAGCUGUGUAUUUCAUGAACUG